UUCCAAGUGAGAGGAAUAUUACUCGUAUCAUUUGUUAUUUGUAUCUUUAUCUAAUUUUUUUAGCAAGUCAUUAAAGAAUGAAUUAUUAUUUGCCAAAGAUUAAAUUUUCCCUAACUUGCAAUAUUUCGAGAUUGUGAGAAUUUAAAAAACUUGGAUUUUAACAAGAAAACUUGUUUUUCAAAACAUCAAGUAAGAAUUUCAAAUGGAUACGAUACGAGAUUUACCAAAAAAUGGACCAUUAGAGGAAUAUAGAAAGAGAUCGAGUUUUAAUUGGAAAUUGUUUAAAAUCCAUUUUGAAGGUGAAAAGUUCGUCAGAUCACAAGAAGAACUAUGGAAGUUUCUUGAAAAAAAUCCAGAAUUCCAUCAUCCUACGAGAUCGUUAACUUUAGACGAAACUCGUAGAAGAUGUUAUCGACAAGUCAAUGAAAUUUCAAAAAUUGCUGAAGACAAACCAAUUGAAUGGCAUUUUUUGCUAAGCCUUUAUGAUACUUCAUUGCCAUUGUUAAAAGGUCUCAGUCGUGGAACAAUUUCCAAUGCAAUUAUCGAUUUAGGUACAGAAAAUCAUCGAAAACUGGUGGAAAAAUUUACAACUGGCACGUUUCGUGGAUGUUUAAGUUUCACGGAAAUAUCACAUGGAACAAAUUUGAAGGGUCUUCAAACUACAGCAACUUAUGAUGUUGAAACAGAAAAUUUUAUUCUUCACACACCAAAUUUUCAAGCCGCCAAAUGUUGGUCCGGUGUAUUAGGAAAAACAGCAACACAUGCACUUCUUUAUGCUCAAUUAAUUACUCCCGAUGGAGUAAAUCAUGGUCUUCAUCCAUUUAUUGUUCCGAUUCGAGAUACAGAAACACUUUUACCUCUAUCGGGAAUAACUGUUGGCGAUAUGGGUGAAAAAAUUGGUCUCAAUGGUUUGGACAAUGGUUUUUUGUUAUUUAAAAAUUAUUCCCUUCCUCGUAAUUAUUUACUGAAUAAAAUUACCGAUGUGACGAAAGAUGGGAAAUAUGUUACUGUUUUGAAAGAUCCAAGUCAACGUUUUGGCGCAUCUAUAAGUCCUCUUUCUAAUGGUAGAAUAAGAAUUAUUUACAAUAAUACAAUGUACAUGAGAAUAGCUUUGACAAUAGCAAUUCGAUAUUGUGCCUCAAGAAGGCAAUUUGGUCCGACAGAAAAAGUGGAAUUACCAGUAAUUGAAUAUCAAGUUCAGCAAGGACGAUUGUUUCCACAUUUAGCGUCACUAUAUGCACUCACUGUAUUUAGUUAUGAUCUUUUCAAAAAAGUUGAAGAAAAAAAAUCAAAAGAUCCAAAAACUGUUGUUGCCGAGGGAAUGGAAUUACAUGCACUCUCAUCAGCGGGAAAACCAUUUUCCUCGUGGUUAGUUCGUGAUGCUAUUCAAGAUUGUAGAGAAGCAUGCGGUGGUCAUGGAUAUCUAAAAGCAUCACGUUUGGGAGAAAUGAGAGGAGCAAUCGAUGCCAGUUGUACUUACGAGGGAGAAAAUACAGUUUUAAUUCAACAAGCGAGUAAUUGGAUUUUAAAUCAAUGGGACAAUUUUAAAAAGGGAAAAGGAAUUUCCUCGCCUCUUGGAACUGCAGGAUUUUUAAAAACAGCAGUUUAUAUUCUUUCACAAAAAUUUCAUGCCACCACCGUUGAGGAAACUCUUAAACUUGAUAAUCUUCUCAUCAUGCACAAAUGGUUGACAUGUUACUAUCUUAUGAAAACUUAUGAGCACACGCAAAAUUUAAGAAAACAAGGAAUGAAUUCUUUUGAGAUUCGUAAUAAUUCACAAAUGUUUUUCGCUCGUUCUUUGUCAUUGAUUUAUGCCGAGCAUGCAGUGGUAAAAAGUUUUAUGAAUCGAAUUGAAGAUCCAAUUUUCGUGAAAUCGGAACGUUGUGUUUUGAAAAAAUUGUGUGCAUUAUUUUCUGCUUCCUGCCUUGAGAAAAGAAUGGCCGAUUUUUAUGCUGGUGGAUUUGCGACUAUUCAUUCGAAACUUGACGUUUUACUUCGUACUGGAAUUGUUUCACUCAACAAUGAUUUACUCAAUGAAGCUGUGGCUUUAAUUGACGUUCUUGCACCACCAGAUUUUGUUGUCAAUUCUCCUCUAGGAAUGUCAGACGGCGAGAUUUACAAACAUUUGGAAGAGAAUUUCUUCGGGGAUGCAAAAAAUUUCGAACGUCCAUCUUGGUGGAUGGAAUUAAAAUCUAAUCUGUAAUUUAAUGUAAAAUAGUUUUCUAAGCAAAAAACCAAUAUGAAAUAUUAUUUUUCUUGUAUUUUUGUAAUCUGUAAUUUUAUGUAAAAUAUUAAAUAUAAUUUUUUAAUCAUUUAGAAAAAUUUUGUAAGACAAUAAAAAUUUAUAUUCUUCUUUAA